AUCAAUAGAAGCAGCAGACAUGGCGAUCCAAUUUCUACUUUGCUAUUUUUAUUAUCCAUGGAACCCCUGCCCAAGGCAAUUCAUCAAUCGAAGGAAAGAACACACAUUCUUUCAAAUCUACUGAUCACUCAUUUCAUUAUACACAGAUUCUAUUUUACUACAAUGAACAAAAAUAUGAACGCAACAUGUAAAGUGUUGGUCCCACGUUUUUAAUGAAUUUAUUUCAACUGACUUAUUUCCUUAAAUGAACUGUGACUCAAAACAAAAUGUUUGUUUCAUGUUGCGUUUAUAUUUUGGUUAUGUAUAUAUUUACAAUUGAAGUCAGCUAUGCUAGCCUAUGGAGGCCCUUGGGAAACCCAUAAAAUUAUGGGAUUUAAAAAUACAUGAUCUGGGCUCCCAAGAGGACUGAUCUCUAUAAUAUAUAAACAACUUUUGGGAGUUGGCCAUAAAGAAAGUAUGGGCCCCAGAUCUAAUUGAAUCUGAACAACCCUUUUAACUAGAACAGAAUAUGUUAAUAUAUGACCUUGGCAUCCUGUAAUCUAAACCAUAAACUUAAACAUUUUACGUUUGUUCACAGACUGUAUUUAAGACAGAGGAAACAUUCUACGAUGACAUUCGUCCCAACUGUUCACUGUGUCCCCUAAAUCAAGUAGGCACAUUCCUUCAUAUCAUGUGGGAGUGCCCUGCAGUUAAAUGCUUUUCAUCUACCAUGUUACUUAAUGAUGAUAGCUCCUUGAAUCUCUCAAUCAAUCAAAGACAAUUACUGAUGUUGGCUCUUCGAUGGCAUUCACCUCACUCUUUCCCAAUUUGCCAGUGGAUACAGUUACUAUUAGAUAUUAAAACAUUAGAAUUAUCCACAGCAAUAACUAAUGGUGCUAGUCAAAGAACAAUUGAGGCCUGGACAAAUAUACUGUGGUUGGAUGGACACAUGUUGGUUCGGUGAAUAGGAGGGAGGUUGGGGGUGGAGGCCCACUUGUAUAUUGUUUUGGGGGGGUGGGUUAAUACUGAAUCUAUUGUUACUUAAACAAAAGUAAGAAAUACAUAGAGUUUUUCUUUUGAGUGGCAUCCCAUGGGUACAUUUUAUAUAAACCAAAAAUAUUAAUUGAAAUGGACCUCUAAAUUGUGCAUGACGCAAGUCAUUUUUCCAACAAUUGUUUACAGACAGAUUAUUUCACUUAUAAUUCACUGUAUCACAAUUCUAAUGGGUCAGAAGUUUACAUACACUAAGUUGACUGUGCCUUUUAUACAGCUUGGAAAAUUCCAGAAAAUGAUGUCAUGGCUUUAGACGCUUCUGAUAGGCUAAUUGACAUAAUUUGAGUCAAUUGGAGGUGUACCUGUGGAUGUAUUUCAAGGCCAAGCUUCAAACUCAGUGCCUCUUUGCCUUACAUCAUGGGAAAAUCACAAGAAAUCAGCCAAGACCUCAGAAAAAACUUGUAGACCUACACAAGUCUGGUUCAUCCUUGGGACUAAUUUCCAAACACCUGAAGGUACCACAUUCAUCUGUACAAACAAUAGUACAAGUAUAAACACCAUGGUACCACGCAGCCGUCAUACCGCUCAAUAAGUAGACUCGUUCUGGCUUAAGGACAACAAAGCCAAGGUAGCGGAGUGGCCAUCAAGGAAGGUUGUGGAAGGCUACCUGAAACGUUUGACCCAAGUUCAACAAUUUAAAGGCAAUGCUACCAAAUACUAAUUGAGUGUAUGUACACUUCUGACCCACUUGGAAUGUGAUGAAAGAAAUAAAAGCUGAAAUAAAUCAUUCUCUCUACUAUUAUUCUGAAAUUUCACAUUCUUAAAUUAAAGUGGUGAUCCUAACUGACCUAAGACAGGGAAUUUCUACUUGGAUUAAAUGUCAGGAAUUGUGAAAAACUGAGUUGAAAUGUAUUUGGCUAAGGUGUAUGUACAUUUCCGACUUCAACUGUGUGUGUAUGUAUAUAUAUAUAUAUAUAUAUAUAUAACUCGGCAAAAAAAGAAACGUUCAUUUUCAGGACCCUGUCUUUCAAAGAUAAUUCAUACAAAUCCAAAUAACUCCACAGAUCUUCAUUGUAAAAGGUUUAAACACUGUUUCCCAUGCUUGUUCAAUGAACCAUAAACAAUUAAUGAACAUGCACCUGUGGAAUGGUCGUUAAGACACGAAUAGCUUACAGACGGUAGGCAAUUAAGGUCACAGUUAUGAAAGCUUAGGACACGAAAGAGGCCUUUCUACUGACUGAAAAACGCCAAAAGAAAGAUGCCCAGGGUCCCUGCUCACCUGCGUGAACGUGCCUUAGGCAUGCUGCAAGGAGUCAUGAAGAAUGCAGAUGUGGCCAGGGCAAUAAAUUGCAAUGUCCGUACUGUGAGACGCCUGAGACAGCACUAAAGGGAGACGGGGCAGACAGCUGAUUGUCCUCGCAGUGGCAGACCACGUGUAACAACACCUGCACAGGAUCGGUACAUCCAAACCUCACAUCUGUGGGACAGGUACAGGAUGGCAACAACUGCCCGAGUUACACCAGGAACACACAAUCCCUCCAUCAGUGCUCAGACUGUCCGCAAUGGGCUGAGAGAGGCUGGACUGAGGGCUUGUAGGCCUGUUGUAAGGCAGAUCCUCACCAGACAUCACUGGCAACAACGUCGCCUAUGGGCACAAACCAACCGUCGCUGUACCAGGCAGGACUGGCAAAAAGUGCUCUUCUCUGACGAGUCGCGGUUUUGUCUCACCAAGGGUGAUGGUCGGAUUCGCGUUUCUCGUCGAAGGAAUGAGCGUUGACACCGAGGCCUGUGUUCUGGAGCGGAAUCGAGGUGGAGGGUCCGUCAUGGUCUGGGGCGGUGUGUCACAGCAUCAUUUGACUGAGCUUGUUGUCAUUGCAGGCAAUCUGAACGCUGUGCGUUACAGGGAAGACAUCUUCUCUCAUGUGGUACCCUUCCUGCAGGCUCAUCCUGAAAUGACCCUCCAGCAUGACAAUGCCACCAGCCGUACUGCUCGUUCUGUGCGUGAUUUCCUGCAAGACAGGAAUGUCAGUGUUCUGCCAUGGCCAGCAAAGAGCCCGGAUCUCAAUCCCAUUGAGCACGUCUGGGACCUGUUGGAUCAGAGGGUUUGAGUUCUGUGAACCCAUCUUUGUGGUGGGCAACUGUCUGGAGAUCUCGUCAGACAGUCACCAAUACGACCGUAUCUACUGUGGUGCGGGGGUGCAGAAGGAUCAUGAAAAUGACAUGAAAAUCCUGCUCAAAGUUGGGGGUAUUCUAGUGAUGCCUAUAGAGGAUCAGCUGAUACAGAUCACCAGGACUGGUCAGUGUUCCUGGGAGAGUAAGAAUAUCCUGGCCGUGUCAUUCACACCUCUGGUCCAGAAGAACAGAGCUGAGGGAAGCAAGCCUGAUGCUGUAGACCUCCCCCCAGUGACAGUCAGGAGCCUUCAGGACUUGUCUCGCGUCUACAUCCGCCGCACCCUCCGAGAUCUGACCAAUGAAGAAUGUCCUGACAAAGGUCUGGUGCAGAGGGCGCCCCAGAAACGCAAGCGCAGGCGUUGCCGGCUGCGACGCAUUAACACGUACAUCUUUGUGGGUAACCAGCUGAUCCCCCAAGCCAUGGAGAGCGAUGAGGACGAACAGAUUGACCAGGAGCAGCACAAGGAGGACCAGGAGCAGCAAGAGGCGCAGGAGAAGGAGCAGGAGGAGGAGGAGGAGAGAGACAUUGGCAGCAUUGAGAUACUAAAGACAGUGAAUGUGCUGAGAGACAAAAUCAUGACUUUACCUCUGCCUGAAUCGCUGAAGACCUAUCUGUUAUACUACAGAGAAAAAUGACUGACUGCUCAACCUGCUGGCAUCCGUUCUCAUGGAUGCCAUGCCUGCUGAGAUGCUUUUCUUCAUUCUCCUGUUUUCUCUUUUUUCAGUACUGAAUGUAGUAUUCUUUUUCUUCUUCAAUAUGUACAUGGAAUGGACACUGAGACUUCCUGGGUCGUCAUGGAUCAUUUUCUAUCGUUACUAUGAUAUGGUUAUGUUAGUUUUUAUGUUAUCGAUUGUCUUUUGAAUUUUUAUAUCAAAGAUUUAUUGAAAAGCCUACUGAAUGGAAAAUCCUUUUCAAAUAUGGUAUUUUGAGGAUGUAGAUUGUAUCACAUGUUAAUAUUCCAGCAAAUUGUCACGAAAUGAAAUUGUAUAAAAUAAAAUGCUACCUAUAUUUGUUAACAAUA